UGGGGCCCCUGUGUCCUUGUCCACACUCAAAGCACACCCAAAAAAGCCUAUAAAAAAGGUACCAGGGGCAUUUCAUGGGGCGGAUUGACAACUCAUGGGGCCCCGGGCAAUAGGGGAUCAUGGGGCCCCUGUGUCCUCGCCCACACCCAAAAAAGCCUAUUAAAAGGACAAUGAAAGGUACCAGGGGCAUCUCAUGGGGCCCCCUACUGACCCCGGGCCCUCGGGCAGUGCCUGAGUGCUCAAAUGGUCAGUCCGCCUCUGCUCCUGUGUAUGCGCUUGGGU